AUGAAUCCCUCUUCUACCCCCAGCAGCGAGGCUUCCACACUGGACGAAGCCGAGUGCGCGCUGAGCCCGGACCUGGCUAGUGGCUCUGAUCCAGCGUAUUCUCCGGUGCCUCCCAGCGUUGGCAUGCCAUCUGAACAUGAUCAGCAUUUGCAUGAUGUGGGCGUUGCGGCUCUAGCGGCUAUAUCCCAGGACGUGCAUCCCGUCAAUCAGCAGAGCGGGUCGUCUCUAGUUUCUGAAGUUGUUAAUGCGGUGACAGAAGGGUCUUCACGGAAUUCUCCAUUGAACACUUCUGGGACGGUUGAGCCCAGUUCUAUCUUCUCGACGCCCAGGUUGUACCCGACUGGAGUCGAGUCGAACGACCUCUCCCCUGCACCAGAAGUGAACUCGGCCGGAUCACAGACUCCAACUGGCAAUGCAAACAUGCACGCCGUCGUACAGGAACUGAUCGGGCGCACGGCCGCCUGGCCCAGUGCCGUGAUCGUGGAAGACAUUGAAAACAACAGCCCCCGAAAUGAAAUGGUUAUGGAUUACGAGCCUGCCACAGUGGAGGAAACCUACGACUCACCGUCGUCCUUGAGCGAUGAUGAUCUUGAGGACUUUAUCAGAUUUUAUCCGGAUGAAGAAUAUUACUACCGCAGCCAGCGAGCCCAUCGGCCACCACUUGCCACUGGUGACAUUGAUCUGGAUGAUUUCUACAGGCGUAUCAACUACGAUACCACUUUACCGUCCGGUUUACCGUCCGUGAUUACACAAACAGUACCCGAUAUUCCCGAUAUUGAUGAACCUCUCCCCACCGCGCCUGGUGUGCACCCUCCGUCCAUCAUCCAUACAACCACCUACGAGCGGAACCUUACGAUUGAUGAAUUUAUCGAGCGCUGGAUGAUUCAAACGCUCAUCCCUCGGGGUUUCUCUUCUGGAAUUGGGAUGCCGCCGCAGCUUCGACCGUUAUCAAAAAUGAUCUCCUGGAAACCACCGCAGGAAAUCCAUCGCCCACACAAGUACCGAAAUGAUACCUACGACCUCCAGCAAAUACCGUGGAUGGAGAUUUUGAAAGUCAAACGGGCUGAUGCGCGGUCGCUGCGUGAUGCGUGGUAUACCUCGUACCACAAUCUGGAUUACUCCCCAUUCAGCAACGCAAGACGCCCCCCGCAACAUGAGUCCUACUUCCGCGAAAAGGCCAUGUACACAUCACAUAAGGCGUCCAUUGAGCACUUCCAGCUCCGUAAUUUGAUGUCUGUUCCCGCUUACAAUACGGUGCACUUUGCCUCUCAAUCAAAGGUGUUCUCGUGGACACCAGCCCAUGACGAAGCACGAUGCCUGAUUGAUUUGACCAAGCCAGAACCUGAUUUUGGACUGCUGGGUCCUGUGAAGAUCUCCACCAUGAAGACUGCCCAUGGCUUGACCAUUGCCGGUGGGUUUUGUGGAGAGUACGCACUGCGUGCUGCAGGCUCUGAGGGUUCUGGUGCCAAGGGGCUGGUCACUCCAGACUUCAACGACGGCAUCACGAACCAUGUUGAUAUUAUCGGCAGUCGGUCCGGUCGAUCGCCUAUUGGUAUCUUUGCGUCCAACGACCAGCACUUGCGAGUCUUGGAUUGCGAAACCAAUGUUUUCCUCUCAGACCAAGAACUAUCGCGACCGAUCAAUUGCACCGCAACCUCCCCCGACAGCCGUCUCCGCGUCGUCAUUGGCGAUUCACCCGACGCAUGGGUGAUUGAAGCCGACACAGGCCGACCCGUACACCCCCUCCGGGGCCACCGCGACUUCGGUUUUGCCUGCGCCUGGUCCCCGGACAUGCGCCACAUCGCAACCAGCAACCAGGACAAAACCGUGAUCAUCUGGGACGCGCGCACCUGGCGCAUCCUGGAGACGAUCGACUCCGACGUGGCGGGGUAUCGCUCACUCCGCUUCUCGCCCGUCGGCGGCGGGUCCCGGACCCUCCUGUGCUGCGAACCCGCAGACCGCAUCUCCAUCAUCGACGCGCACAUGUUCCAAACACGCCAGGUCCACGAUUUCUUCGGCGAAAUCGGCGGCGCGGACUACACGCCCGACGGCGGGGCCAUCUGGGUCGCGAACACGGAUUCUCAUUAUGGCGGGCUCAUGGAGUUCCAACGGACACAAUGGGGGAGACGCUUUGGGGUAACGGACUUGCCGGAUGAGUGGGUGCGCGAAGCGGAUCUGGAUGGCGAUGGGCGGAGUGUGCUGCGUGCCCGGGAGCGGCAGCUGCGGUUUUUGAGGAAUCUGAGCGAUGAAGAGCACGAAGCGUUGAUUCUUUAG